GGUUGGGCAUCGGCGGCGGAGCGGAGGCGGCAGCGGGGUCUUCGUCCCUCGGCCCGGCCCGUGCGCGACCCCCCGACCCCCCGACCCCGCCGGGGCGCUGAGCUCCGGCCUCUUUGCCGCCGUUUGGGGCUCGGCCCAGCGCUUACGGCAGGGCUGUGCCCGCGGCCGGCGCUCCGUUGGCCGAACGGACGGAGGGAUGAGUGAGCUUAGACUUCUGCGGCGAAGGUUCUGUGGGCAAUAGAGUCGAACGUUAUCUUAGCACACCCGUCUCCCCGCCUGGAUGUUUGACUCACUCAGGUGGCUUCUACUGCCCCGAUUCUCCAACGGGAAAACAGCAACUACUCUUCAUAGAAGCUCUGGCAGAUGCUAGGUUGGCAGGAGAGGAGGGUUUUAAAGACACCAAUGGCAGAAUCUUCCAGCGAUUCAGAUCCUAUCCUCUGUGGCUCAUCUGGUAGACGAGGACCUGUCAGAGUAACUCACGGUAGAGCCAGAAAUCAAAGGUCAACAGAUGUUACUGAGAAGAUCCACACCUUAACAAGCACUUUACAGGAUACCAAUCGAAAUCUGCGACUUGUUGACCAGAUGCUGGGACGGUACAGAGACUACAGUAAUGAACAGACCGAAGCAAUAGCAAACUUAAAGGAGACUUUGGAGCAAUCCAUAGACCAAUUAAGGAGUCAGCGUCUCUUGAGAAACUCCAGAGCAAGAAGUGCAUCUCUUUCAAGUUUGUAUAUAAGUGACCUUGAUGGCGGAGCAGCAACAGACAGCUGCCGCUUCCCACCAACAUCCCCUCUCAGGGACAGUGGAGAUGCACAGGGGCCCAGGCGGCGACGAUCUAGAUCUAGUAGUGUCCGGUUCAUCGAUGAGGAAGAAGAUUUUGAUCAGCUUCAUUCCUUACAUCAGUCCCUCCGAGACCUCAGCAGUGAACAGGUUCGCUUAGGAGAGGAUCUCAGCAGGGAGCUUUCAAGAAGAAACCGAUUGGAUGCAGAAACAAAAAAGAGUUUGGAAGAAUUGUCUGAGAAACUUGAAGAAUCUGAGAGACAAGAAAUGGUCUCUGAACGGGUCGAGAGGCGUCUUCAGGAAAUAGAAAGAGAGAUGCGUACUGAAAGACAUUUGGUGGAAAAACGCCAAGAUCAACUGGGCCAUAUAUCCUUACAGCUGCAGGAGGCUCUAAAGAAGCAGGAGGCGAAAUUUGACGAAAGCGAGGGAUUACUGAAAAAUAAACUCAGGAAAUCUGAAAGUGAAAAGAGCCAACUAGAGCAGGAGCUACAGCUGUCCCGGAAGUGGUUGGAUCAGUCAGAAGGCAGCCGAGAAACACUUUUGCUUCAGAUAGAACAUCUGCGUUCCCAACUCUUGAAAUCUGAAGAACAUCGUGUGGGUUUGCAGCAUCAAGUAUCCCAACUUUCCAGGCAAUGCCCCGACCACCCGGAUGAACAAGAUGAUGGGAGGAGAUUUAGAACAGUUGCUGAGAGGUCCGAGUGGGAGAAACAAGACCUGGAGAGGCAGAUCCUGGAGCUGAGGACUGAGCUAAACCGAAAUACCAUGCUGUCUGAGGUAGAUGAAUUGAGGCGGUGCCUGGAGCGCAAGGACAAGGAGAAAGCCCAAUUUGCAGCACAAAUAGAGGUGCUAACUUUAGACUUAGAGAAGAGGGAGCAGCAGCAGCUACGGAUGCUGGACCAGCUGAAAGAAAUCCGGAACCGCUACGAGGUUUGCGAGACGGAGCACAGACAGGCCAAUCUGCAGCUCACUGAAUUGGCGCGACAAGUCGAAGAGUCCACCAAAGAAGCCGAGCGGUACCUCAGUGAGCUCCACCAGUCUGAGGCCCUGAGGCUGGAGGCAGACCGGAAGAAAGAGGAGUUGAAAGCGAAAGCUCAGGAAACCAUUAGACAGUGGAAGCUCAAGUGCAGGAAGGUAGAGCAAGACAUGGAGAAGCAAUCUGAAGCUGUUCAUCAACUAACAGACAAGAACAAUCAGGUACUUAAAGAAAAGGAUGACUUGAAGGCCAAACUUUUUGCAGCUCUCCACCAGAUAGAAAACCUCCGAAAGGAGUUGAACGAGCUGUUAUCCAAGCGGGUCCAACAAGAAGAAGAGCUUCACCAAAAGGAACUGAAACUCAAGGAAGCCCAGUCUCAACAAAUGGAUCUUGAACAGGAGGUGAGGGGCGCCCGGGAUACCACAAAUCGAUUGGAAAAUGAACUGCAAGAACAGAGUCGACUUCAAAAGCAGACAAAAAUGGAGAGAGAACAUUUGGAGGAAGAAUGUGCAGCGCUAAACAGGCUCCAUGAGAAGGACAAGGAGAGGCUUCUAGAGAUGCAAGAAGCCGUCAAGAACCUGAGUGCCAUUCGAGCGGAGUUGGCCAACAACCUAGCCGAGGAAGAGAGAUCGAAGAAGGAGGCAUUGAAGAGCCUUUCUGAUAUCAAGAAGCAGGAAGCAUCAUGGCAAGAGGAGAUGACUGCAGCCAUCAGGCAGUUCAAACUAGAGAGGGAUGUUCACCAGAGGGAGCUGGAAGAUCUUCGAUCAGAGUUGCAGAAUGUGAAAGCCAAACAUGAACAAAACAUCCAGGAGCUGAUGAAGCAGUUUAAACAAGAACAGGAUGAGGCUGAGAGUCACAUUUGGACAUUGAAGACAGAAAAAGCAGAGGAUCAGAAUUUGGUCGAAGCUCAGCGUUGGCAGGUGGAGAAUAUGAAAGUUGAAUGUGACAGACUGACAGAAGAGUUAAUGCAGAAUGAGGAGGCAAAUACAAAACUUAAGCGAAAAUACCAGCUCAUGAAGCAGCAACUGGAGGAAAAGGACAAGCAGAUGAGCAGUGAAGGAGAUCAUCUGAAGAGGGUAGAGGAAUCCAGAUCACAGCUCAAGGAUCAAUUGCUUUGUCUGGAGACAGAACAGAAAUCCAUCCUCAGCAUGAUAGGAAGCGAAAUUGACACAGCUUGUGAAAUCUUCUCCAGGGACUUCGUGGAGAAAUUCAGAGCUAUUUCACUUACCCCUGGAUUGCAGAAUGAUCCACAUCGUUGGCUAGCAGAGACUAAGACUAAACUGCAGUGGCUCUGUGAGGAGGUGAAAGAGCGAGAGAAGAAAGAGAGAAAGCUGAGACACCAACUAUUGCUGAGCAGACAGCAACUCAAGGAUCUGACCCAGAACAAAGAAUUUGAGCGUCAGUCACUGUUCAAACAAAUACAGAGACAGGAUCAACUUCUGGGAGAAAUACAUCGUGAAAAGAAAGAUAUGCUGGAGAAGUCACACCGAAGAGAUGAGGAAAUGGAACAUCUGCAGGAUCAUGUAAUCGCCUUAGAAUCAAGUACCCGAGUGGCUUUGGACCAUCUGGAAUCCGUUCCUGAGAAACUGAGCUUUCUGGAAGAUUUCAAAGAAUUUGGAGACCACUAUCAUCCAAGAGAGGUGAUUGAAGAAAGAUAUGCUAAGUACAAAGAGAUUAUAGAGUCUCUUCAGCAGCAACUGGAUGCUUCCAAAGCACAGAAGUCAGAGCUUCAAAGAUGCAAAAGCCUGUUCAGAUUCUUCCAGUGUUCGAGAGGUGGAACUUUCCUCCAGUUGGAGGGAACACAGCAACUUUUUAUCAACUUCGAUGCUUUCAAGCUCAAACUCAUUUAUCAAAAAGAUGCCUACUUUGGAAGCAGCUGCCAUCAAGGAAGUCACCAGGAAUAUUUCUGUGAAUGGGAUAAGUUCACAAGCCGAAAAGGAUAAAUAUUAGGACAAGUGGCAAAUGCAAAAUGUAAUCUAACUACUUUCAAUGAGGAACCAGUGAUUUCUAAAUGAAUCCAGUUACUCCGGCUCCACUGUGAUAAUGCUGCAGCUAACACUUAUCCAAGCUUUUGCUUCUGUUCUUGGGAUCUGCUCUUUUCAGCUGUGGCCAACUCAGGUUCUAUGAUUAAAGCCCAGAAUUAAAAUAUUGA